GAUGGCGUCGGGCAGUGGGACGAAAAACUUGGACUUUCGCCGAAAGUGGGACAAAGAUGAAUACGAGAAACUCGCGGAGAAGAGGCUCACGGAAGAAAGAGAAAAGAAGGAUGGAAAACCAGUGCAGCCAGUCAAGCGGGAGCUUCUCCGACAUAGGGACUACAAAGUGGACCUGGAAUCCAAGCUUGGGAAGACAAUUGUUAUUACUAAAACCACCCCACAAUCUGAGAUGGGCGGAUACUACUGCAACGUUUGUGACUGUGUGGUGAAGGAUUCCAUCAAUUUUCUGGAUCAUAUCAAUGGAAAGAAACAUCAGCGGAACCUAGGCAUGUCUAUGAGAGUGGAACGUUCCACCUUGGAUCAAGUGAAGAAACGGUUUGAAGUGAAUAAGAAAAAAAUGGAAGAAAAACAGAAAGAUUACGAUUUUGAGGAAAGGAUGAAGGAGCUCAGAGAAGAAGAAGAAAAGGCCAAAGCCUACAAGAAAGAAAAACAGAAGGAGAAGAAAAGGAGAGCAGAGGAGGACUUGACAUUUGAGGAGGAUGAUGAGAUGGCAGCUGUGAUGGGCUUCUCUGGCUUUGGUUCUACCAAGAAGAGUUACUGAGGCUCUCUGUGCGUGGCCUUUGAUGGACCUAUCUGUGUGUGUGUAGGAGCGGUCAUUUGUGGGGUGGUACCCUGGGAAAGGCCAUAAGAGUGACAAUGGUGAGAACUAGGAGGGUGUUCCCUCAGACUAGGGAGAGGGCACCGGCAGCAGAGGUAAGCUGUGGUGCAGUUUUACAGACCCAGACUAUCACUGGAGUCAUAGGCCCUUUGUCCAUCGAGUUCCCAAUAAAGAAAAACCUCGUCUGAGGCUAUUUUCCCAAAACCCCCUGCAUCUUUCCCUCUUCAUCACUCCAGUCUCUUCUCUGAACAUUCUGCUUUUAUCCAGUGUUCAGCCUUUGACUUUCACUCAGCCUGCAGUGACCAGGUUCUCUGGGUCCCUGGUUUCCAGUGGAGAGCAGCUCCUUGACCAGCUCAUUCCCUUCCCCGCAUCCCUCCCGUGGCUCUCUGGCCACCUGUGCAUGCAUGUGUACUUCUGCCUGGGUCAGUGAUGUAUGUGGGUGUGUGUGCAUGAAUCUGUCACAUAGCAGGAGCAGGAGCCAGAACCUUGGAGCAUUGCUACCUUGGGGUCUGAUGUUCUUGGCUUCCUCAGAGCAUGUAACAGAAAAUUAAAUGGGAUGAGUGUUUGGUGCGGUUUGUGUUGGGUGAGUUUUUAAUCUGUUCUUCAGAUGUAAACUUCCUAUUCGUUUUAUUUUAUCAGAAUUAUGCUGUCUUUCUUGUGAGUAGGUUCUUGGGAAGAACCUGUUUGAUGCAAAAACAAAACAAAACAAAAAAACAACACCUCAUCUGGAAACAGUCUCAGAGGCUGUUCAAUGUAAAAAUAAAUGGCACUGACUGAGUCUA